AAUUGGUCUAAACAGGUUUCUAACAAUUAAUUAUUACAAUUAGUAAAAUAGCUGAUUGACCUAUUUACACAGAUAUAUGUUCCCAGUUCCACACAGGGCGCAUACAUUCUCUUCCACAAUGACCUUGAUCAGUCAUCAGCAACAGACUGUGCUGUAUAUUCCAAUUUUUAGGACAGACAGAAACAAUGAGCUUCAGAACAAUGGUAUUUUUUUCAGCUGGUAUUUCUCUCCAAGCAGAAUACUCCACUGAAGGACUUGCCACAGGGAUGUGAUCUUGCUCUAUGCCUCCUAGGAAAAACUGGACAUGGGAAAAGUUCUUUCGCAAAUGCUGUUUUUGAUAAGAACUGGUAUCAAGUCUCAGUAUCAAUGUCCUCAGGUACCGAUAAAUGUCUGAAGAAAGUGAGUCAAGUUGGAGGAAGAACAAUCUGUGUGGUUGACACACCAGGGACUAUGGACACAAGACAUCCAAGAAAAGCGUUAAAAGAAAUAAGUAAAGCAAUAGCCUCCAACCCAAGUGGAUAUGAUGCAUUUUUGAUUACACUGAGUUGGGACACAAAAAUGACUCCAGAGGAAAGAAUGGCAAUUAAACUGAUGGAAAAGAUGUUUGGACAGAAAGCCCUAAUGGACUAUGGUGUAAUUGUUUUUACCCAUGGUGAUACCUUUGUCAAAGUGCAGAAUCGUUACCGAAAUGAGACGUUUGAAGACUACAUACAGUCACAAACUGGAUUUGUUGACGAAUUGCUACAUAAAUGCCAACAGCGGUAUGUGUUGAUAGACAACUUGGAAAGUGAUCUCGGAAAGUUUAGGGAACAAUUUAUCAAACUUGUCCAAAUCAUUGAUGAAAUGAAAAACAGAGUCAAAUAUAGUAAUAAAUACUUUGAAGAAGCAAAGAAACUUAAGGAGGAGGAAAAAGAAAAGAGAGAAGAGAAGGAAGAAGAGAAGGAAGAAGAGAAGGAAGAGGUCAUUGUUGAAACGGUUGGUCUACAGAUUGCAUCCUCUGCAGAAGAAGAUGGUGCUGGGUGUUUUCCUGCAGAUGCAACAGUCAUAACUGACACUGGUGAGACAAUCCCUCUUUCAAAUCUUCAGAUUGGACAAAAAGUCCUUGUGUCAUUGGGCAAAAAUGGACAUGAUUUCAGUACAGUUUAUAUGUUUGGACACUUGCAGGAGGCCUCAGUUGCCAAUUUCAUCAACAUAAAUACUGAGAAUCACACAAUAACACUUUCACCUGGUCACUACUUAUACACAAAGAAGAACCAGCAUUGGGUAGAAACUGCGGCAGAAGACGUUGCAACUGGAGACAUACUCCUGACAGAACAUGAAGAGGAAGAAAUGGUGACCAGAAUAAGUAAAUCCUUUGAAGAAGGUCUUUAUGCACCAUUCACAAUGACUGGAACCAUUGUUGUCAAUGGGGUGCUGGCUUCCUGCUAUGUGAACUGCAUCUCCCAUGGCUGGGCUCAUGUUCUGCUCUGGCCAGUUAGAACAUUGUAUAGACUUUGUCCAUCACUCCUGGCCUUAGUCUGCAAGUCUAAGACAAAUGGAAUUCCAACAUGGAUACAGUCUCUGCGUCGUGCUUUUAACAUUUAAGAGAAGAUUUCAGAUGGAAAAGACCUGAACAUCAUAAUAAUUGGAACAGCCGGUCAAGGGAAGAGUGAAACUGGUAACACAAUACUUGGAGACAAUACAUUUGAUGCACACGCAUGUAAUGACAUUGUUACAAGGGUGUGUCAAGAAAAAUACUCGCUUUAUGGAACCAGAAAAAUCACUGUCCUUGACACACCUGAUAUAAAUCCAAGUACACAAAAAAGCUUUCACAAAGAGAUUGAGGAUUUCAUCAAAUUCCAUCCACUCAGUGCAGUCUUGGUAGUAUUACGCUGGAACAUUCGUUUCACUCAAGAACAGCAGGAAAUUUUGGCUAUUAUGGAUGAUGUAUCCUCCCAAACAGACUUGUCAAAUCAUGCAACAGUAGUGUUUACACAUGGAGAUACAUUUCAUCCUGAACUUCGAUCACACGAUGAAAA